CCCCCCCCCCCCCCCCCCCCCCCCCCCGCGCAGAAACGUCGGAGCGGGCGGCGGCCCCGCGGGGUGCCUGACCAGGCUCGUCAUGUCGUCCUUCACCGGCGUGUCCAUCAUCGACGGCGAGCAGUGCUGUUGCGAGGCGUCGGCCGUGGUGGAUGCCGGCGGCGCGGACAGCGGGUACCACCUGCUCGUGGUCCGGGGAUACUCGCGUACCAAACAAGAGUUGUCCGCCGGCGAGAGCAUCACCUCCGAUGUUUUCACCAUAGGAGGCCAUUGCUGGUACAUCGAGUACUACCCCAACGGCGAAAACCCGGACUGCGGCGACUUCAUUUCUCUCUUUGUUACCAAUUACGACAACAGUCUCAAAGAGCCCCUGGAGACUAAGUUUUGUUUCAGCUUCGUUGACGAGGUUGAGAAGCAGACGCCAAUGUACAUUCGUGCGGCUGGUAAGACUUGCAGAUUCACCGACGGCCAUUGUUCCUGGGGCACCGACAAGUUUGUGAGAAGAGAUGCCCUUGAGCGAUCAUCGGACCUAAAGGGUGAUUGCUUCACCAUCCGGUGUGAUGUCAUGGUCAUUCGCAAGGACCCCAAAGCCGAGGAUGCCGGUGGCCAUGACACCAAGGUGCUCCUGUCUGACAUAGACCAGCAUUUUAACACUCUCCUUCAAACCAAGGUGGGUGCUGAUGUGACAUUCGAGGUCAGCGGCGAGACCUUCGCCGCACACCGGUGUGUGCUCGCUGCCCGAUCCAUGGUGUUCAUGGCACAACUAUUUGGCCCCAUGAAGGAGACGUCCCCCGUCAUACAGAUCAAAGACAUGGAAGCAAAAGUGUUCAAGGCACUGCUUAGCUUUAUCUACACAGACUCAUUCCCUGUGAUGGAGAAGGACAGCAUGGAGGAGGAUGCAAUGGUAGAAGUUAUGGAAGAUGGGCAAGAAAAGGAGGCAGCAGAGGAUGAAAUGUUGCUGCAAUGGCUUCAAGACUUGUUGGUAGCGGCUGACAGAUAUGAUGUCCAACGGCUCAAGUGCAUCUGUGAGAAGCAGUUGUCUGAGAACAUAGGUGUGAGCACGGUGAUGUCUGCUCUUGCUCUAGCCGAGCAGCACCACUGCAAGGGAUUAAAGGAGGCGUGCUUGAAGUUUAUCCAAGUCCAGUCCCCCUCGUGCUUGCAAACAGUAAUGGCAACGAAUGGCUGGGAUCAUGUAGUUUCGACCUAUCCCUCGGUUUUGAAGGAGCUCUUUCUCAAGUUUGCUUCGAACCAGCGAAAGUAACACCCUGCAUACGUGGCAGCAUCCUGCUGCAAAUUGCACCCUGGGGCACCUUUCGCAUGGCUAUUAAUCUCCAGACUAGUAGUGCUUGUGAAGAUGUCUCUGAGGUAAGCCAAGGGCGUUUUUGGGAGCUUGUACCUGGUCAUGCUGUUGGUUGCUUCUCCUCUUCUGAUCUGGGUGAAGAAUGGCGGCGGUGACCAGUCGGUGCUUGGAUUACGUGUAUGGAUUGUACCAAGGAGGAUCUGCGAAUACAUGGCCUGACCAUCCAUCCAAAUUGAAGAGUUGUAGAUGCAAGCAACAAGAUAUCUUUGCUUGUCUAGUGUAGAAGUUGUUCAUACGUGCUAGAAAGACCACGAAAUUGUUGGAGCUGCCUGUUACUCUCUCCAUUGACAUUACACUAGUGUCAAAAAACUUCUUACAUUAUGGAACGUUCACUGUUUUAUCUGAAUACUGAAUAUUAGUACCUUCAAAGAUAUUGUUCAUCAGGGUAUGAACAAUUACGGGAUAUACUAUGUAAUAUGGCUAAUGGUUUGCCAGGUCAUUUUUUUUUGACUGGUCAGUGACCGGUUCGUCCGCCCGGGUGUUUGAGGGGUGUUUAAUGCACCUGGCUGUAGAUGUUGUUAGAAAAUUUCUGUUUUGGUGAUAGAAAAGAUCAGGCAAGUUGUGUUUACCAUUCCAUAAACACUAUUUUUUUAAUGUAAUAUGGCUAAUUGUUUU